AUGUCUGUAGUAUCUAUAAUCGGCGAAGGAGAGUUCGAAAUUGAUGAUGAAGAAUAUGAGCGAGAAGAGUUUGAACUCGACGAAUUGUUGCGAAAUUUCGUGAGUGAGCCGCCAAUUCAGCAUGACGUCUUGCCUGAGAGUGAUGAAGAUAAUGAGGAAGAAGAAGAUCCUGAAGCCCCACAGAGAAUGAGGACGCAUAUACGCCGUGGUGAUGGGCAUUUGUACCGAGACCAGACAUUCUUCAAUGGUGUGGCUUUCAAAGACAGAGUCCUCGAUUAUGCUCUUAGGACUCGCUGCAAUAUCAGACAAUACAGGUAUGAUAAGGAUAAGCUUGGUUUCGAAUGUGCUGGUCAUGGCGAGAAUGAUGAAGCUUGUGGCUGGAAAAUUUAUGCUUCGAUCCUUCCGAAGGAUAAAAUUUGGAGAGUUAGGUUGUUUGUAGAUAACCACAUAUGUGAGGUUAAUGGAGAGUGUGAGAUGGUGAAGGUCCCUGUGAUAGCUAGGUUGUUUGUGAACAAGAUCCGUGAAGAGCCGGCAUACUAUAUGCCUAUGAAGAUCGAGGAAUUGAUCAUGGCAAAUUGGUCUAUUAGUGUGUCUAGGCCUCAGUGUCAAGCUGGUAGGAAUAAAGCUUUGAAGUGGAUUAAGAGUGAACAUGAUCAACAGUUUGCACGCCUUAAAGAUUAUGCUGCCGAGAUAGUAGAAUCAAAUCCUGGUUCUUCUGUUGAAGUAGACACGUUCCAGAAUGAUGAAGAAAGAAUCAAGGGACAGUUAUUGGUUGCUUUAGGUAGAGAUGCAAACAAUGCAAUUUAUCCAAUAGCUUGGGCUGUUGUAAAGGUGGAAAAUAACGAGAAUUGGCAAUGGUUUAUGCAAAAACUGAAGGUUGAUUUGGAUCUAAAGGAUGGUGACAAUUACAUUGCUGUCUCAGACCGUAGCCCGGGAUUGAUCAGAGCUAUUAAGAUAGAGUUGCCUAAGAUGGAGCAUCGGAAGUGUCAUGGAGCUACAAUGAAGCAAAGUAUCAGCAAAACUUGGACAGGUUAA